CUCCCACCCCUGGCAUCCUCCUGCUGGUUGUAAGCUUGCUUGUCGCUGGUUGAUUCACUUGCUAUCUACUAGUGAAGCUUGCGGCGGUGCUUGGACUCAGUAGAAUGGCUCAAAUCGACUGAUGUCUCAAAGUUUCGCUCACAACUCAGUGUGUGCUCGUCACAUUCUGCCGCUUCAUUCAAACUUUCUCUAGACUGGGUGUGUGAGACGACAUGCAGGAGUCGAAGGCGGAGCAGGCGUCCAGUGGCAACGCAGCGUCUGAGGCCGGCAGAGCCGAGGAGCAGCCCACGGCUGGAUCGCCAUCCAAUCAGGGAGCAGAGGCCAGCCUACCGCACACACAGCUGGCUCUUCAAGUUGCACAACAGUUCCAGCAACAGCAAGAACAACAACAACAACAACAACAACAGCAGCAGCAGCAGCAACAACAACAACAACAGCAGCCGCAGCAGCCAAGGAGUGGAGGGAAGUCCCCUAGGGCCCCUGAGGCAGAGGCAGACACACAGGUCCCGGCAGCACUGGCCCUAAUGAGUCCACAGCUGGUCACGGUGCAGCAGAUGCAGCAGUUGCUUCAGCAGCAGGUCCUGAACCCCCAACAGCUGCAGGCCCUGCUCCAACAGCAACAAGCCCUGAUGCUGCAGCAGUCCCAGCUGCAGGAGUUCUACAAGAAGCAGCAGGAGGAUCUUCAUCUCCAGCUGCUGCAGCAGCAGAAGGCAGAAGCAGGCAAGCACAGCCAAGAGCAGCAGUUGAUGGUGCAGCAGUUGGCGUUCCAGCAGCAGCUCUUGCAGGCUCAGCAGCAGCAGCUCGUAGCCCUGCAGAGACACGGCCCGUCACCUCUGGACCUGCAGCACCUGUGGAAGGAGUCCCAGAUGGCAGUGUCGGCGGACGGCAGGCGUGAGGACCGAAGCGAUGCGUCGCCCACGGCCACCAAACCCCUGCAGGCCGGCCCGCACCACCACUCGGCCACCAACGGCCACCAUGCCCCUCGCCUCGCCAGGAAGGACGGGAGCUCCCAGGAGAGCCAGUCCCAGGCCAGCCAUCCCCUGUAUAGCCACGGCGUGUGCAAAUGGCCGGGCUGCGAGGCCGUGUUUGGAGACUUCCAGGCCUUCCUCAAGCAUCUGAAUAAUGAGCAUGCCCUGGAUGACAAGAGCACGGCGCAGUGUCGUGUCCAGAUGCAGGUGGUCCAGCAGCUAGAGCUCCAGCUGGCCAAAGACAAAGAUCGGCUGCAGGCCAUGAUGGCUCACCUCCGUGUCAAGUCCUCUGAGGCCAAGCCAGCACCUCAGCCUGUCAACCUGGUGUCCAGUAUGACGCUCUCCAAGGCGACAGUUCCCAAGACACCCAUCUCCAUGAGUCUGUCGCAGUCGGCCAUGGCCCCCUCCACGCCACGCACGUCCCUGCCCCAGUCCCCCACCGUCAUCAUCCCAGCCGGCCUGCACAGCACUGGACCCUCCCGCCGACGCCUCUCCGACAAGUACGGGGCCUCCAUGAACCAAGACAUCGUCCAAAACAAGGAGUUCUACUCCAGCGCAGAAGUCAGACCUCCGUUUACGUACGCCUCCUUAAUACGGCAGGCUAUUUUUGAGUCUCCAGACAGACAGCUGACACUAAACGAGAUCUACAACUGGUUCACGCGAACGUUUGCCUAUUUCAGAAAGAACGCAGCAACAUGGAAGAAUGCUGUGCGGCAUAACCUGAGUCUGCACAAAUGCUUUGUGCGUGUGGAGAACGUGAAGGGGGCCGUGUGGACAGUAGAUGAACUCGAGUUCCAGAAGAGGAGACCACAGAAGAUCACAGGGUCUCCCUCCAUUGUGAAGGGCAUCCAGUCCAGCCUUGGCCACAGUCCGGCCUUCUCUGCUCUUCAGGCUGCCAUGGCGGAGAGCUCCCUGCCCCUGUAUGGCUCGGCGUCUCUGGGCAGUGGGGGGCUGCACUCCCUGGCCUCUGCCAUCCGCCACGAGCUCAACGGCUCCCUGGACAAGGACCAGGACAUGGACAGCGACGCCAGCGACUCCAGCACCGACCUCUCCCCCCCGCCCACACUAUACCCUUCCAGAGUGAAGGAGGAGCAGCUGGAGGAGGAGGAGUAUGAGGAGGCGGCCCCUCCCCAUUCCCCGGAGAUGAUGCUGGACGAGUGCAGCCCGGAACUGGAGCACAAGCGCUACUAUGAGCCCUCAGAGAGGAAUGACCUGCCCCGGGCCUCUCCACCUGCCUUCUCCUGAGAGCCCCCCACACACACACACACACACACACACACACACACACACACACACACACACUUCCACAUGGGCCUAAUCACUCAGUCACUCACCCACUGUUGUGCACACACACAGAACACAAACACUCUCUCAUUGACAGCUAAGAUAAUGUACUGAACGGACACACAGAGCGCAUUUGGUGGAACACCACUGAGAACCGCCUCACGGCUAGAGGGACUUUUUGGUUGUGGUUGUUGUUGUUACUGUAUUUAUUUUGAAUGGCGACACAUUGUAGCGCCCUGUGGACCGGACUGACCUCACUGGUACGUCAAGGGCUCAUCAGUGCCUGAGCGCAGAAAGGGCCAACAAAGGGCCAACUCCGUGACCGCUCCCUCCCAAGACCUCCCCCACCACACGGCACAUAGGUCCCACUGCUCUCCUCCACCCACUGCCACUGACUGCCACUGACUUGUCUCGCGUGAUGCCUUGUAUGUUUGAAUUUGUGUGUGUGUGAGUACAUGUUAUUUUUUAUGGUAAUGGUUUCAUAAUUUACAUUUAGCUCCAGUCAGGGUGAAAGGUGUGUGUGUGUGUGUGUGGGUGUGUGUGGGUGUGUGUGUGAGUAAGAGUGUGUGUGUGAUAGACAAAGGGUCAUAAACUUAGUGAAUGUCUCGAUCAUCUGAUUUACCUCCAUUUUAUUUUGUUUUUAAUUUGACAAAAAAAGUUGAAUUUGAACCAAAGUGGAACAUGUCUGACUAGCACUUGAUGAAUGUUGUUUGUUUUUAGUUCCUUUUGUUCUUCAUCUUUCUCUCGGCCCGAGUGUUUGUUGAAGGGCAGGAGUAGCAUACUGUGUUUUGUAGGUAGUUUUCAUUCUAAGACACAAUGCCUUCCAUUGCAUUAUUUUAAAGGAAUGUCUGUAUAUUCCUCUGACUCAUGGUAGUAGAUAGUACAAACUUAAUUAGGAGAGGAUAAAUCUGCAUUUAUGUAAAAAAAAAGAAAGUCUAGUUUUUAAGGUUCUCUUUUGAAUUUGUAACUGUCCAUGGAGUUAACCAAAGACUAUGAAAAUAUGAAAAUAAGGACACAUAUUCCUUGUUUACAUCAGAUUGGCCAGGUGAGAACGUGAUCGUCAGCAGCUACCAAUGAAUUUGUAAAAAAAUAGAUAUUGGCAAGUGUGAAUCGUUAAAUGCCAAAUAUGGGUCAGUGUCAAUCACAUGUUUGAUCCAGCAGUCCUGUGGGAGUUUUAACCCUCGUCUCCGCUGACUAGCGAGGUCAUGAAAAGCCUGAGGCUCUUAACACUUGAUUUGUUGUUUUUUAUUCCCUUUUAUAUAAUGCAAAUAUACUUGUUCUUGUAUUUGUACAAAGGGCACUAUCCUUUAAUAAUAAAAGCCAAAUAAAAAUAAAUAAAAAACA